AUGGGCAGACAGCACCUUUAUGAAGUCAAUAUUUAUUCCAACAACCAGCUGACGCGAAUUGACUCGGGUGCUUUCAACGGCAUGGGUACUCAUCCGAAUGUGUAUCUGACUGGCAAUAACUUUGGAUGGCGAGCUCCUCCGAGCACGUAUGGCUCUGCAGGAGACCCAUUGAAAUGCCACUCGGCGUGCUCUACCUGCUUUGGUUAUGGUUCAUCGGCAUGCUGCGCGGACAACUGUCUGUACUGUUCCUCAGGCUCUGUAUGCACCGAGUGUUACAAUGGUCAAGUGCUGUUCGAAGGCCGGUGCAUCUCGCCGCAAGCCGCCGCAGCCACUGCCGCAUCUCGUGCAAGCGUCGCGUCGGCUUCGUCUGCAAGCAUCGCGUCCGCUUCGUCCGCAACCAUUGCUUCUCGCUCAGCUGCGUCGGCUUCGUCUGCAAGCAUCGCGUCGGCUUCGUCCGCAACUAUCGCGUCGGCUUCGUCUGCAACUAUCGCGUCGGCUUCGUCUGCAAGCAUCGCGUCGGCUUCGUCUGCAAGCAUCGCGUCGGCUUCCUCUGCAAGUAUCGCGUCGGCUUCGUCGGCCACAGUUGCUUCUGCUUCGUCUGCAUCUUGGGCAUCCUCUGUUUACGAUGCGUCGGUCUCGGCCGCUCAUGCGUGUGAUGCAUCUUGCGUCACCUGCUAUAGUGUUGAACCACAGGCUUGCUGUGGCCAAAACUGCGCCACUUGCAGCUCCCAGCAGUGCUUGACCUGCUUUGACGGGUUUGUCAAUGUCGGCAGAGAUUGUCUUUCACCAGCAGCGAUUGCAGCAACUGCCGCGUCUGCUUCAUCUGCUUCUAUUGCUUCUGAAGCCUCUGCAUCGUCUGCUUCAAUUGCCUCUGCGUCGUCGGCAUCCAUUGCAUCGGCGUCGGCGGCUUCUGCUUCUUCCGCAUCGUUGGCUUCUGAUGCAUCCGCAUCCUCUGCAUCUAUUGCUUCCGAAGCCUCGGCGGCCUCAGCGUCCUCCGCAUCGGCGGCUUCUGCUUCCUCCGCGUCGAUCGCGUCCGAUGAACUGGCGUCCUUGGCAUCGAUUUCCUCACUUGCCUCAGAAGCCAUUGCGUCAGCCGCCGGCAACACUCCUGCCGUUUCGGUUGCGGCGACUACCGGUGCACUUGUUUCAAGCGCACCUGGUUUGGCAGGCUCUUCCGCCAUCGCGUCCGCUCAUACGACAGACCCAUCUGCCGAUGGGCCCGAUACUGAAUCCGCUUCGGGUGAUUCGUCGUCCCUUCCCCUCAUUGUUGGUAUUGUGGUUGGGUGCGGACUCUUGCUCUUGAUUAUCUUGAUUGUUGUGAUUGUGGUUCUGCGCCGGCGCCGCCAUUCGAAGAGCAGCAAUGAGUGGAUUGGCAAAGAAAACGCGGUGGUUCCCACCUCGCUGAACCCGCUGAACCCGCUGUACGAUGAUGUUCAAAACUAUAGCGUCCUGACAGCGCCAGCUCCGGGCGCACACUACGAUUCUAUCGAACCAGCAGUCGAACACUACGCGAUCUCGGGUUCUGGCCAGUACAUCACUCCUGUGGUUGCCGCAAGUUCGCGUCAACCUUCAACGCCCUCCGCGCCGACGACGUACGCAGGUAUCGCGACUGCAUCGUAUCUUUGAUGUGCCAUUACGUGGAUUUUGUGCACCGAUCAAUCCAGGCAUGCCCAGCCCGAGCGAUCAGCUCCUUCUUGGAUGUACAAACAAAUUCCUUCUUUUGAUACUGUAAACUUGGUUUUCAUCAAUGAAGCUUGACUGCAAGUUGCUAGUGUUGAGCGCAUCGCAUGCUGCAUCU